AUUUUUGACGGCCUGGGACUUGCCCGGUUAGAACGGUUGAACCGGCCAGUUUACCGGUUAGGCCGGUUGAAUCGCUUCUAGGCCUAUGCCCGGCUAACCGUUCCAGUUCGAUUUUUCUAACACUGCUUUCCGGAUAUCAUCUUACUCAUUUUUUCAGUUAAGCAAGCUGCAUCAUCUUACUCAUUUUUUGGUGAGAAAUAUGAAUCAGUUGUUUUUGAAGCACCUUACGAACUUGCCAUUUGAUUCAACAUUUUUUAUUGAUUUCUCCAUUGCAACUCAUACUUUUACUAAUUGACGCUAGAUCUAUAUAAUUUUUUAUUCCACAACGUAUUGUUAACAAUAAGUUCGUAAGAACAAGGGAAUGGAAUGCUGCUGUUUCAAUGGAGUUUUUGAUGAUUUUCAGGCUUGGACUUUGUUAAGAUUGAGAAUGUAGCCUUAUAAAUGCAUUUAUAUUUUUUGUUUGCAAGGAUGAGUCAGCAUGCUUUAUUUUUUGGGACAAAUAUCAAGGUUCAGAUGUUGACAUCCCUAUGAUAGGGUGACCACGGCCCAAUGACCCUUAACAUUGACUCUAAAUUUGAAAGCGACACAUGGCAAUGCAUAAGAAAUAUUGUGUGAAAUUUGAGGGAUUCUUGGAUAUAUGGGGAACCUAAUAAGCACCACUGGUUUGUGUGUACAAUGAGGAACUAUUUGUGAUAUCGUUCUCAUUUCAAGUAUGUUAUGCCAGGCCUGAAUAUGGGGGAAGUUAUUCUUGGCAUGCCUGGACCAUGGGCAGAAGAUAACCAUGAAGCCUCUGAUCAUUUUACAACAAAGAUUGGGGGAUUACCUGAUUGGCCUGUUCCGGUAGAGGCUAUUAAGACUGAGCUGCUCAAAUGUGGUGUUUGUGGAGGGGAUCUCAUACUAGUUGCACAGGUAUUUGCCCCUAUUUCAAGCAAUUGUUUGCAAGUUGAAGAGCGUACACUUUAUGUCUUGGGUUGUCCGGGGCCAAAAUGUGGAAGAGAACUAACAAGUUGGCGGACCCUUCGGUUACAGAAAUCCACUACUGGUGAUCCUGUCACCUCUGUUAUUAACCAUGAUUCAGCUAAACCAUCAGCUUCUUCUGGAUCAAUUUCUAGUGGUGAUAAUUGGUGGGGAGGGGAUGCAUGGAUAACUGAAGGAUCUGGAGAUGAGCUUGGCAACAUGAAGGGCGGCAAUGUAAGUCUAGUGGAUUUGAGUAGGGCUUUUAUGGAAGUUGCAAAUGCAUCUUCUCAUGCUCAUAAACAAAAGGAUAUAAUGCUUCCCAACUCAGAGGAGAAAAAGUCAGCUUCUAAACAAAGAACAAAGGUCAUUCGCGACAGCAACACACAAGUGGUGCCUUGCUUUUAUUUAUACUCUCUCAAAGAGCCAUUGUUGCAAGAUGGUCUUCAUGCUCUUUCCUCUCUUUCCAUCAAAGGAAGCAAAGAGGAUCCUGAUAAUGACCAAGGAAAUGAGGAACUAUGGGAACAAGAGGGAUACGAGUACGGUCAAACUAUGCAUACCGACAGGACAUAUUUGAAGUUUAAGAAAUGUCUUGAUGCUUUUCCGGAACAAUGCUUCAGGUAUUGUCAUGGUUGUAGACCCCUUUUGGCUGCGAAGGAGGUAGCAAAUCCCGGUAACUGUGCACUUUGUGGUGGGCCCUUGCAUUAUGAAAUGCAGUUGAUGCCACCUCUUUUAUAUUAUCUGCGAGAGGCUGGGAGAGAUUCGGCCUUCAAACGUUCGACGAAGGAUUGGAAUUGGAUUACCCUUAUUGUAUAUACUUGUGCAAAGAGCUGUUCUCCCCCUUUUGAUAAUGACAACGGCAUCGGCAAUACUUGGUUUGUUGCAGAGGAGACCACCAUCUUACAAUAUGAGGAAUCUUUUGAAGAAUUGGACUUGCUUGAUGACUUAUAGUAUUAUUUUCGUGGAUUAGUUGGCUAGGUGAUCGAUGGAAAGGAUUAGGACUCACUAGCUCAUAGCAUGUUUACAUUUUAUAUUUGUUCAUUAUCCAUUUAGUUUUCUACAUGGGCCAUGAGUUUGGACGAGAAUUUUGGUUGUAUUUUCCUUCUCAUUUUUUGCAAUGUCAAUAUUCGAUUUGGAUACUAUUGCUAUGUAAAAAUUUUGAAAGAAAGCUUUUGUCCCAAUAUUACCCAAUAUUACAAGUUUUA